GUUAGCAACGCCGCUGUUGUUGUUAGUAUAGAAUAGCAACAUGUGUAUGUUUGCGUUGAAGCAUCUUUUUACCUCGCAAUGUUUCCUGGACCUGUUGGUGUUGGACGACCUGAAGCCCUGGAAAACAGUGCUGAGACAACUGGUUGCGGAGCUUCUCGGCACGUUCCUGCUGGUGCUAGUCGGGUGUGGAUCGACAACAGCAUGGUUCGAAGGCUACCAGCCGACCACUGUUCAGAUCGCCCUGACAUUCGGACUUACUGUCGCAUGCAUUGUGCAGAUGCUUGGCCACGUAAGUGGCGCUCACGUGAACCCGGCAGUGACUGUGGGCCUGGUGGUGGGCGGCUUCCUGGGCCCGCUGAAGGCUCUGCUGUACGUGACGGCGCAGUGCGUGGGCGCCACUGCUGGCUCAUCCGUGCUCCAGGUCCUGACACCUAACGAGACUGUAGCAACGCUGGGCGUUACUGCCUUGAAUCGGCACGUGACACCGACGCAGGGCUACUUCGUAGAGAUGCUCAUCUCGUUCGUGCUCGUGAUGGCCGUGUACAGCGCAGUGUUGGGCGCCGCGAGAGGGGCGGCAGCCGCAGGACCUUUCACUAUCGGCCUCUCCGUGACAGCCUGCCACUUAUUCGCGAUGCAGUAUACUGGAGCUAGUAUGAAUCCGGCUCGUUCCUUCGGACCUGCUUUCGUUACAGGCUCAUGGACAAACCACUGGGUGUACUGGGUGGGGCCGUGCGUAGGCGGUGUUGUUGCGGGUAUCUUCUACAAAUUCAGACCAGACGAGCCUGUGGAUGCAGCAGAGCUUAGGACUUCCCUGAGCCAAGCUUCUGUCUUGGGAUCGGGAGUAGCGGAACGGACUGUAUAACCAAGAAACAAAAAUGUAAUUCUCUUGACAACAUGGCAUUCUCCAACAUCUGCCUGAAAUCUGGACGAAUAUGCAAAAUCAAGCAAGCAUAAUGGUUAAGAGAAUGCGUAUUGGAACUAGCAUACUUCACUAGGCGUGGCGAGGACAUAA